AUUUACGCUGAUUUAAUGACCUUUUCUCCCCUACAAAUCCAGUGGUAUGACCCAAUUCAGGAUACGAUCUAACCAAUCAUCAACCGUUUCACUUGAUAAUAACCAGGCAAAACUGCACAAAAGCCACAGGAACGACUUCUGAGGCCACCGUUAGCAGAAUUUAUGUUCAUUCCUCCCCAGAUUCUCCAUCAGCAUUUACUACGGCCAUGGUGUACCGCCACUUUUACAGUACGAUGCCAGUAGUGAACCUGGACACCAAGCCGGGCUCCAUCGCCUGUGGCGGGUGUGGAGAGAAGAUUCAGGACCGGUUCUUCCUGCACGCGGUGGACCGACAGUGGCACUCCGCCUGCCUGAAGUGCUGUGAGUGCGACGUGCGGCUGGACUGUGAGCUCACCUGCUUCUCUAAGGACGGGAGGAUCUACUGUAGAGAGGACUACUACAGACGGUUUGCCGUACAGCGGUGUGGACGGUGUCAUCUCGGCAUCACGGCGCGGGAGAUGGUGAUGAGAGCGCGCGACUCCGUCUUUCACCUCGCCUGCUUCACCUGCGUCACCUGCGACAAGGCGCUCACCACGGGGGACGAGUUCGGCAUGCAGGGCAGUGCUAUAUACUGCAGAUAUCACUACGAGACGUUUAUGCGAUCUGACGGGAGAUACGGAGCGGCCAUGGGGACCAAACCUCUGCCCCACUCCCCCUACUACCACAGCCCGGCCGGCGUCUCCUACCGAGGCCGCCCCAGGAAAAGAGGCGAUUCUGACUCCUACUGCAGCGUUCCAGGGUCCAGUGAUAAUGAGAACGACCUUGACCUUGACGGCCAUGGCGGCGCCACGAAGACCAAGAGAAUCCGGACGUCGUUCAAACAUCACCAACUGCGCACGCUCAAGUCGUACUUCGCCAUCAACCACAACCCGGACUCUAAAGACCUGCAGCAGCUCGCACAGAAGACAGGACUGACCAAGAGAGUCUUACAGGUUUGGUUCCAGAACGCCCGCGCCAAACACCGGCGUAACGCCCUCCGUCUGUCCGAUGACGGCCGGGACAGCGGCUCGGGUGUCGGCAUGGACGUGGCGGUGUCGGCCUCCCCGACGUCUCUGUCGGGACCAAUCAGCACCUCCAGUUCCCCGACUCUACCCGACCUCUCUCCGAGAACAACCGAAGCCUUUUCCGCCUUAACCAACUCCCCCGGCCCGAAUGUCGAGUCAGCUUGUACCCUCGCCUCCCUAUAGACAUCGGCUUCUGUUGUCUCUUAAAGGCAUUCA